CGAAAACAUCGUUAUGCAACUGCAUUAAUUUAUAAUAGCCUUUUAAUGUGUCUGGAAAUUGGUCCGUCAUCCAACACGUCAAAGCGGGAAACUUAAAAUUUGUCUUGUCAAAUCACACCAAUUUGUUUUUCUACUUGUACAUUUAUUUAUAUCCGUAAUGGAAGGCAUCAAAACGAACGUUUACGAAGGAAGAUUCAUCGAUCGAUCUCCGUACAUUUGCCCCGCGGGCAAGGUCUUCGGAGAUGCGAACGAAUCGAUGGCCAAUUGCUUGAGGGAAUACAAAGUCGAUGAUAAAGUAACUGCGUUACAGCACGAUGCAAAAAUUUGGCGAGAGGACGAGUUCAAACCUGCCAAAGAGUUGCCACCAUUCUUGAAUAAAGCCUAUUUGGGGACUGAUCAGAUAAAACCCAUAUUAUUUCCUGGUGUGAAAACCAGAUUCCAGACCGUAAUAAAUGACUUAAGAGAAACGAUUUACAAAUCAUACUGGCAAAAGCCUCUAGGCAAACCUAGAGAUCCAGUUCCAAAUCUGCCCAAAGGGCUAAAUCCCGAAGAGUUCACAUUCGGAAUGCCGAACCACAGAAUAACGACCGCCAAAGAUCUGGUGAACCCACCGAAAACGGUUUACGAAGUACAAUACGACAGUCAGGUCGGGCACGAUUGGUACAGGAAAACGCACAACAAUUUCAACCCGAGCGAACAGUUCACCAGAAAGUACGAGCAACCUUACGACAGAAACAAAAGAUACGGCAAACGCUACAACUACGAUCCCCGCGGCGUAGGGAUGCAGUGUUGCACCCAGUGGUUCAUGGAGGAACCCACGACUUACUGCAGCAAAAUCAGGGCGGAUUACGUGAACAAAUGGCGUCCCCCAUUCGGAAAACCUUUGGCUCCCUACCAAAAUAUUAAGUCCGUGCCGGAGGGACUGGCGUUCGGCAAUCCCACGAAGUGGGACAGAUAUUCAGUUCCGGAUUUGAUGAAGGAUAGGAACGUGGAACCCAGCGAGUUCAAGCGACAGUUCUUGAUUUGGUUCCAGGAGCUGACCAAACUGAGGGAUUCUGCCGAAAAACAAGUUUCGGUGUAUGACCUUAAUAUGAGGGAGUUUUUGAAGCUGAUCAUAUUCAACGACAAAGAGAAAAAGGGUAUCUUGCCAUUUGAUACAGUACAUAAUAUCUGUAUGACAAGUCGACUAAAUUUCAACAAGACAUAUAUUAGGAAGCUUUGCAAGUUCCUGAACAUAUUGGACAAAAAUGACAUGUUAGAUUAUACCAGAUUUGUCGAUAUGAUCGACCCGAAACAACCCUUGAUAGAAAUUCAGAAAAUUCAAGAUAUACCGGAGGAUCACUUGUAUUUUACCACGUCAUAUCAACAAGCUAUUUACUGUGAUCGACACAUGAUUGAUCACUCGGCAAUGCCUCCGGCUGGAAUUCCUUCAGUUCGUCACGAUAUUCCGUUGCCACAAAAAGUGGAAGGGCAAUGUGCAGCAGAUAUUGACAGUUUAGGUCCUUACACAACAGUCAAAGCUGUGGUAAAUCCAAAUGUUUGGACCAAUUACGGCCUAAACUUCCGGGACUUUUUUGCGCCUCGGACUGCCGACUUCAUGCGUAAACUGUUCGAAAAAGUGGGCUACGAAUUUCCGGAAAAUUCAUUUGAGGAAAUCUGGAAGCAAGGCUUGGAGAUUGACAAAACUGGAUUGGUGUGCAUAGAUACAUUCAAAACGCUCCUGGAACAGUACCUCCCGUACCCCGCAGUAAAGCAAGAAGAAGAGGCGCCGAAAUAAAUAAAAAAACUUAUAUUUCAUAUAUUACAAUAUACACCACAUUAUUUUA